AUGCCAGGACUUGUUCAGGAGACCCCGUUCAAGACUUUUGCGGUCCGGGAGCUACACCCUACCUUUGCUGCCGAGAUUGAGGGCGUAGACUUUGGGAAUCUGUCAGAUGAGCAGCUUACAGAAGUCAAAGAUGCUAUGGCAAAGUAUGGCGUCUGUGUCUUCCGCGAUACUGGCCUGACAGACGAUUCGCACGUCGAGUUCUCCCGCAAGCUCGGGGAUUUGGACGACAUCCGUCGAUACCUGGGCCCAGGCCGGAAGAUGCGAUAUACCCAUGUAGAGCUCUUCGACGCCGGCAACCUAGACGCAGACAGCAACCUCAUCGACCCGGACUCGCCUCGCGCACACUCGAACAAGGGCAACGGCCUCUUCCACGUCGACAGCAGCUUCAACCCUCGCCGCGCCUCAUACAGUCUCCUACGCGGCGUCGAGUUGCCUCCCCCCGAGGCAGGCGGCAACACGGACUUUGCCGACUCACGCGCCGCAUGGGAUGAUCUACCGGAGGAGCUAAAGACGGAGCUGCUAGAGAAGAACUACCUCGGCGCCCACUGCAUGGCGCACAGCAGAAAGCAGGGCAGCCCGGAGUACUUUGCUGAUCUGGACCCCAGCACGGCGCCCAUGUCGUAUCACCGCAUAGCGCAGCUGCAUGAGCCGUCGGGGCGCAUGAACCUGUACGUGGGUGCCCAUCUGCACCACAUCGAGGGCGUGUCUGCGGAGAAGUCGGCGGCGUUGAUCGAGGCUCUCAAUAACCACACCCGCCAGCAGAAGUACAUCAUCAGCGUAUCAUGGCACAACCCCGGGGAUAUGAUUAUAUGGGAUAAUCGUGCGGUGCUGCACCGCGCUGGGGAGUUCAGGGGUAGAUAUAAGAGGGAUAUGAGGCGGACGACUGUCCAUGACGAUGGCAGCUAUGCCUGGGGCGAAAACAGCGUUGGAACGAGGAUGCCGGGCAAUGAGAGUUGGACAAAGCCUCAGCUGGUGCAGCAGAUGAGCGGCCCUACUCAUACGACUAUGGCCUCGAAUUAA